UAACCAGCUGAUUACGUUUUGUUUAUUUUCUCAGGACUAGAAUUAGUGAAGAUCUCAUAUUCUGAAUUUUCACUUUUUAAUAACAAUUUAAAAAUGUCUGAAGAUAUAUUAUUUGAUUUUUUGCAUGCUGAAAUUGUGAAUUACUGUUUGCAUGAUAAUAACAAAGAGAAUGAUUUUUCCGCUUUGGAAUAUAUUGGAUUUAACACUGGAUAUCGCCUUAUCGAACGUUUAACAAGAGAUGCACCACGGUUUAAAGAUGAACUUGAAACAAUGAAGUUUAUAUGUACAGAUUUUUGGACUCUAAUUUACAAGAAACAAGUUGAUAAUUUACGUACCAAUAAUCAUGGUAUGUAUGUGGUUCAAGACAAAGCAUUCCGAUUUCUUACACGCAUAUCGACAGGCGCAAAACAAUUGGAACAUGCUCCCAAGUUUGUAUUUUUUACGUGCGGCCUUGUGCGUGGGGCAUUGACAAAUUUAGGCAUUAAUAGUACUGUAACAGCCGAAGUUCAAACAAUUCCAGCUUGUAAAUUCCACAUUGAAAUAAAUAGAAAUUAAAACUUUUAA